AUGCCGUCGUUUGACUUAAGAAUAGAUAAGGAUUGGGUACAAACACAAGAUGCUGGCCUAAACAUACUGGAGAUCAGGGGCAUCAAGCUGGACGACCAGGCUACCUAUACGUGCAAAGCGAGGAACUCACAGGGCCAGACAGUGUCCGAGUGCUUCCUCAAAAUCGUCGUGGUCAAUCGCAACUGCCUCCCCCUCAGUCCCCCCAUGUUUCUGCGACCAGUGCUAGACAUUGUGGUACCAAGUGAGGGACACACUGCCAGAUUCGAGUGCCAAGUGCACCCUGGCUCAAACUCAUCCGAACACACCACAUCCUCCUCAAGCACACUCCACAUGUAA